AGUCUGCUCUGGGCUCAGUGCCAGGGGGAGGUCAAUAUAUCCGGGCGAGACUGAGCACUGAGUUUACAGAGAGUCACCGGGGACGCUGCACACGCCCAGCCCGGCCCGCCCCGCCCGGUAUAAAACCGGCGGCGGCUGCACUCGGGCCAGUCAGUCCACCUGUGAGCAGCCGAGGUGAUGAAGACGGGCGCCCCUGCGAGGACAUACCGAAGCGCCGUGCCUUUCCCUCCGAUCCACCCGGCCGUGGGCUGCCCCGGGAGGCGGCAGGUGAUCCCACGGGGGCCGAGGACAGGGCAACCCGCAGGCCCAGCGCCGCCGGCCGGGCCCCCUGGCCGCUUCCAGGCCGCUCCUCGCAGCAGCUUUUCCAACUCGUGGCCCGAGGCCAAGCUGAAGCAGGGUGGCCGCCGGCCGCAGCCGCAACCUGCAGGCCCCGGGCCUCUGGCCAGCUCGAAUGACAGCGGACCGGCCUCCAGCUCCGGGGACUCGGCCAGAAGGAGCAGCGGCAACUCGUCCCGGACCAGCCUGAUGGACAGCACGGAGGAGAUGCGCUUCUCGCUCAGCCUGACCCCCGAGGCCGUGCGGGUAAUCCAGAGGCGCAGCUUGGAGCGGCAGCUGCUGGGCAAGGGGAGGGGAAAGGCCCCGGCCCCGGCUCGCAGCAGCAGCAAGCUGCCGGCCAAGCCGCUCCAGCCGGCCUCGGGGGCGCCGCAGGCCCGCUCGGCCUCGGGGGCCGAUAUCCGAAGCCUGGUGAAGAUCUCGCUGCUCAACGAUCAGCACAAAUACGACGAUGUGGAGUAUGAGGAGGAGGAAGAUGUAACACCCGACCCGGCGCUGCUGCGAAGGUGUAUGGAGUGGCUGCAGGGCGUAGAAGCGGCGGCCAGGCUGCCCCGGCUGGUCAGUUAACCCGGAAAGCCCGGGCUCACCCGCCCUGCCCUAGGGAAUUGGGGACGUGGGGGGGCCUGAGCCCGAGCUGCCUUCUGCCCCGCUUUGAGCAAUGAGGUGGGGGGAGGUGGUGGGAAUGCAGAGCCUGGGCUGCCCCCUGGCCUGGGGAGGGGUGGAGGGAGAGAGCGAGGCAGAGACCAGGAUAUCCCCUCCCCUCCCCUGCCCUGCCCUGGGGUGGGGUGGGUCCUACGUCCUGUUCUGCUGCCCUGGCUCCAGCACCUUUGCUACUUCCACGGGCUAACUGAAAACAGUGAGAAUAAUGCUGCUCGUGUUCAUGCAGACUAAACAACUGAUGAGCAUUGCUAGUGAAUACUGUUUCCAUUAACCCCAUCGUUAGAAACUCAGGAUCUAUAAAUCCUAGCAAACUAAAGCACAAAAUGAGGCUCAGUUAAAGUGAGGGGAGAGGCUUGAUGUUUGUAUAACAACAGAGGAAAAAAUGGAAGUGCUGCCAAUUCCUGGGGAAUUGUCCCUCAUUCACGAAAUCUGUAGAGAUUGAAGCUCCUAUGGUGUUUAGUUCAGAGCUGUGUGAUCGAGAUGAUCUACCAACUUAGUGUUUUAUUAAAAAUGAAACUCUCGUGGCUUCUAUCAAAAGAAAUAACCAACCAAUU